CGGGGUUCAGAGUUGUGUGCGCGGGCCCGGAGCGGUGAAGGAGACGGGUAUUUUUAGCACCAGGGGAAGAGGCCAAAGACAGCCAGCCAAUAAUCUAACGCCUGGAUAUAUAAUGUAUCUGACGUCUAACAUUAGCGGACGGGGACACAUGCUAAUGUGUGUUGCAGGGUGAUUCAGGAUGGUGGACCAGCCUCUUUGGGAGCAGAUAGGAUCCAGCUUUGUGCAGCACUACUACCAGAUGUUUGACUCUGACAGAUCACAACUCGGAUCCAUAUAUAUUGAUGCAUCAUGCCUCACAUGGGAAGGACAGCAGUUCCAAGGAAAAAGAGCGAUUGUUGAAAAGCUCACUGGUCUACCCUUCACAAAAAUAGCGCAUAGUAUAACAGCGCAGGACCACCAGCCAACUCCAGACUGCUGCAUCUUGAGUAUGGUUGUAGGACAGCUAAAAGCAGAUGACGACCCCAUCAUGGGUUUCCACCAGAGUUUCAUCCUGAAGAACAUUAACGACGCGUGGGUGUGCACCAAUGACAUGUUCAGGCUGGCCAUUCACAACUUUGGAUAACUCCCCCUUCUCCACUCUGGUGGGCAGGGGCGGCCAUAGUGAAGGGCAUCACGUGAUGAAGUACGGAGGGAGGGGAAGGGAGAGAGGAAGAGGGAACACUCGUCCCUCCCUCCUGCUCUCUCAUUUACGCCUGCUUGACAAAACAAGCAAACACCGGAUUCUAGAUGUCAAUCACUGAACCUCAUCCAGGUGGUUUCUUUUUCAGACCACCACAGCCAGUAGAACUGCGACGCGUUUCUUUGCUCAGAGCCGGCGAACCAAUCAGAUGCCCCUGUCUGCCACUCCGCUGAUCUGCAUGGCCCUGGGAGCACCCCAUUACAAUAUCCAAUAUCCAGAUGACCUCCAUUCAUGCCCUGCUCUCCACCCUUCUUUACUAAAUCCUUCCCAACUCUACUGUUGACUGCACUCAGUUCUGUUAGCACUGUCAUUGAUCGGGUUGGAAAUCCGUGUUCAGGUUCAUCAGUUCUUGUGUUUUAAGUUGUUUUUAGAUCCUACUUGUAUGUUGCCUCAUUGUGUUUAACUUCCAAUUAUUAACUUUGCCAUGAGUCGCUGUCAUGCCAGGUUUUGCUCUUGCAAACCAAAGAAACAUGGAGGACAUAAAGUCUCACCAUGCUGUGUGAUUGGCUCCUGCAUUUUCCCUCUUUUUCUCCAUCUCUCUUGCUCUCUCUGUCUCUCACACGUCUGGCAUUUAACAUGGACAACAGCCGCCAUAGACAAUAAAACCUGGACUUUUUUCUUAACGGUGUCUCUUCAUAUCAUUCUCUACAGCUGAUUGAUUUCCAAAUCUUUCACUUACCCCUCCACAGUAAGUCUUAUUGAAAGUAUUUAAAGCUGGAGAAGGCAGUAUAUUUAUGCCUCACACUGGGCAAGAAUUGCAAAAUGACCUUUUGGAAUAUUGUAAUCCAAGUAGCCAGAGACAAAAGGAGACUUUAGCAAAUCGUAACAAGAGAAUUUAGCCAAUCAAAGAAUCACAAAUAAACUGCCUCCCCCAGCUUUGAAUGCAUCUGGUUUUGGCUUUUUGCAAAUGAGUCACCUUACUCCAGAGGAUCAGCUGGACAAUUGACAAUUUCUCAUUUGUAUCUAUUGUGAUCCAAUUGACUGAAAUGUUCAAAUAAAUGCCAAAUCGUAA